AUGUCGGGACGCGGAAAGCAGGGAGGCAAAGCUCGCGCCAAGGCCAAGACCCGCUCUUCUCGUGCCGGUCUCCAGUUCCCCGUGGGCCGAGUUCACCGACUGCUCCGCAAGGGCAACUAUGCUGAGCGGGUCGGGGCCGGCGCGCCGGUGUACCUGGCGGCGGUGCUGGAGUACCUGACUGCCGAGAUCCUGGAGCUGGCGGGCAACGCCGCCCGCGACAACAAGAAGACCCGCAUUAUCCCGCGCCACUUGCAGCUGGCCAUCCGCAACGACGAGGAGCUCAACAAGCUGCUGGGCAAAGUAACCAUCGCUCAGGGUGGUGUCCUGCCCAACAUCCAGGCUGUGCUACUGCCCAAGAAGACCGAGAGUCACCACAAGGCCAAAGGCAAAUAAUGUCUCCAUAGAAUCACUUUCCAAUACAACGGCUCUUUUCAGAGCCACCUACUAUUUCUGCGGGAGAGCUGGGCCACUGGUUAAACAUUUGGAACGUUUGUUAUGAAAAGAUAAAGCAUUUUUCAUCCAGAGCCAGGCUCAGUGGCUCACACCUGUAAUCCCAGCACUUUUGGAAGCUGAGGCGGGAAGAUCGCUGGAGCUCAUGAAUUCGAGAUCUGCCUGGGCAUCAUAGCGGAUACAAAAAUUAGCCGAUCGGGGUGGUGCACGCCUUUAGUCCUAGCACUUCACAGAGGCUGAAGUGGGACGAUCGCUUGAGCCGGGGAGGCUGAGGCUGCAUGCAGUGAGCCGAGACCACGCCACUGCACGCCAGCCUGGGUGACAGAGCGAGAACCUGACUUAAGGAAAAAAAAAUAAUCCAGUACAGAAUGACACGGUCAUGUAAAAUUGGCAUGUAAUAGAGACCCCAUCUUAAAACUUGCUACUAUAUUGUCUUGUGCGUUGAUAGCAUGUUAUAUUAAUGCCGAACACAUUAGUGACGCCGAAGUAGCUGGCGCCUAAAUGGCUUAAACGCGGAAAAACCACAUACAGAUGAUGGAACAAAAACUGGCCAAUCAGAUUAUAGAGCGGGCUUUUUAAAAUGUAAGAAGCUUCUUUGUAGCUAGGCGUCAGACAAAAAGCUUGACACCAACUUAUCGAAAACCAACGGCUGGAAUUCAUAUUCUAAUAACAGACUGCAUGGGUAAACUACGUGGGGAGUCCAACCAACACCCUGGACUCUUGCUUGCCUUGCGUUACUCGAUUAGGGUUGAGGGAGAACUGCCCGAGAUUUUUCGAAUGCAAGGAAUCUUGCUGCCUGAUCUAACAUGUUGUGCACAGCCAUUUUUUAGAGAUCUCUGGGUGGCUCUGAAAAGAGCCUUUGGGGCUUUGUUGCGGUUUUCACACGCCAGCUUCCUACUUCUUUUUGGCAGCCGCCUUCUUGGCCUUUGCAGCUUUAGGUUUUGCUGCUUUGGGCUUAGCGGCUUUGGGCUUUGCCGCCUUCGGCUUAACUGCCUUGGGCUUGGCAGGACUCUUGGUUGCCUUUUUCGGUUUGGCAGCGGCCUUGGCCUUUUUGGGGCUCUUCGCCACCUUUUUGACGCCAGCCGCCGCGGGCUUCUUCGCCUUCUUCGGAGUCUUCUUCACUGCCUUUUUCGCCCCUGCAGCCUUCUUGGCCUUCUUAGGCGUGGCCCCCGCGGGCUUCUUAGCUUUAGCGGCGCCUGCCUUCUUGGCUUUGGGCUUGGCUUCCCCGGAGGCCGCCUUCUUGUUGAGUUUAAAGGAGCCAGAAGCACCAGUGCCCUUGGUCUGCACCAGGGUGCCCUUGCUCACCAAGCUCUUGAGGCCCAGCUUAAUGCGGCUGUUAUUCUUCUCCACGUCGUAGCCACCGGCCGCUAAGGCCUUCUUAAGGGCUGCCAAAGAAAGGCCAUUGCGCUCCUUAGAA